UUGUCCAAGUUUGUCGGAAUCGGUUGCCCAAGCCGAGACGAGUCUAUCGCGCAAGUCUUCCUUCGCAGGUAACUAUAGACUUCGGUUUGAAUACUGCACAUACUUAGAGAAGAAGCAGCUGACUGGAAGAUGUCAUUCCGGUGCCUCCGCAAAUGUUAAAGCUUUCCGUAGUUUUGUUCCAACCACAUCGACUCUCACUCUCUCCGCUAGGUCGCUCAUUCGUUAUUCGUCUUCUUUUUGUGCAAAUUCUUAAGUUGGCUCAAGCCGGCUUGAGAUCCAAACACAAAAUUUGGCAUGGAAGAGAAACUGAUGUUCAAGGAUUCUUCAGCUGACUACCCUUUCGCAUUGCGGCAACAGACUUCUCACGCUGCGGACCUGUGAACUGUGCGUUGUGGUGGUUCGGGACCCUCUCUAGUACACUGAGGCUGCCAGUUCAGGUGAAUAGUAGGAACAACAAUAAAAUUCGACAAUAAUAACAAUCGAGGAAAGCAAACAGUAAGCAAUACCGGACAGAGUAGAGAGUGAGAGUGGGUCCCAGCGAAUCGAGACUGUUCGGGAUCAAACAAAGUCGAACUGCAAAAAAAAGAACGGUUUUUGGAUUGGAUUGGAAUUUACAGAAACAAUUGUGUGUAGUUUUUUUUUAUUGUCGUUGGGUAAUUGUGAGUGAAGUACCGUUAGGUGAUCUUUGGACUGUGCUUAUUUUGUUUGUCUGCUGCGCCAGUACGCGAAGUACUGUUCGAUCAAGUUCGAGUGUUUUUUCACUGAAGGACAUUUUCGUUGAGUUACGAGUGUGAUAGCAGUGUGGCGAGAAAAGUUUUAGCGAAAAAAAAAAAAGAAAUUUAUUCGUUUCAAAUAGUAGUGCACGGGAGAGAAUAAGACGACAUAAUCACAGUGAGACAGUGCGUGUGAAAAUUUCCGAUAUCUGGCACACAAUUAUCUGCAAGGUUUUCUCGGUUUUUCGGUGCGGCGGCAGUGGGCUUCCGGGCAACGAUGGACUUACUGUGUACGGAAAAGAUCAGUAGCGAGAACGAAGUUGUUGGUGGUGGUCACCAACGCCAGAACACUACUGCCAGCAAAGGACUCCUGCAGGUCCCGAUGGAAGUGCGCCUCAAUACAGCAGUGAAGGAUCCUACAUUUCUAGACGAUCGUUGUCUCGAGAACCUGCUGAAGUCCGAAGAUCGCGUCGAACAGUGCCCCAACUAUUUCCACAGCGUACAGAAGGACAUCGACCCAAACGCUCGGCGAAUCGUCGCUGAGUGGAUGCUUGAACUGUGCGAGGAGCAAAAAUGCCAGGAGGAAGUCUUCCUGCUCAGUAUCAGCUACCUGGACCGCUUCCUCUGUCUGGUCCCGAUCAAAAAAACACAUCUGCAAAUACUGGCCGCCGCCUGUUUGCUGCUGGCCUCCAAGCUCCGUGAGCCCAGCUACAAGGCCCUACCGGUGGAGCUGCUAGUGUUCUACACCGAAUACAGUAUCACCAAGAAGGAUCUGAUCCGAUGGGAGCUUCUAGUCUUAAGUCGAUUAAAAUGGGACGUGUCGACGGUGACGCCACUCGACUUCCUAGAACUGCUGCUCUGCCGGUUACCGAUCGAGAACAGAAAGUGCCACGAUAUCACCACAGAAAAAGUGCGGAAACAUGCCCAGACUUUCAUAUCGUUAGCAGCUAGAGAACACAACUUUUUGAAAUACACGGCCAGUACGAUGGCGGCAUCCAGUAUUGCGGCUUCGCUCAGCGGACUUCGGUGGGACCUGCGCAGCGGCCGGUCGAUCAAGUACCUGGUGGAUCGGUUUACCGAUCUGACCGGGGUAGAACAGGAGUACAUUCAUGAAUGUAUGGAUAAAAUGGAGGCACAUUUCCAGGAGCAACGCCGUCUUCUGCCCCAGUCGGUGAACCUGAUCACGGCGACGGAUCCCGUCGUGUCCCAGCAGCACCUGCAGCAUCCCUGUGUGAAUCUAAAGAAUAGUUCCACCACACCGACGGACGUCCAGGACUUCGAUUUGUAAUAAUCGCCAGUGCGGGUCGAUCACGCAGCUUGGCUUGGGCCCUGCCAAGGAGUGAUCAGACUGAAGACCUGCCGUAAACAAAUAUGGAAACCAUUAUGUCCUUGCAGCAACAGCAGCAGCCGCAAUAUCUAUUAAAUAGUUUGCAAAAAGUUGUCGAGUUAGUUUCGUCUACUUUAACUCGCCUGUAAUUUCUUUGGGUAGGGGAGGGGGAAUUGAGAGGUAAGGUGUAGCAGCAGCAGCAGCAUUCCGAACAGUAGUCGGAUGAUAAAGGAGCGAUGCUAAAACAAUUUUUGGUGCUAUAUUACUACUCAAAUUACAUUUAAGUUACACUCGAUGGAUGACCUGCAGGCGGCGGGUCAGGCAGCAAAACAAGUGCAUGACUCGGCGAUGAUGAUUCACUUGAAGGAGAUGGUUGAUGGUGUACUACUCUGCUGCUCAACACCCACAUCAUAGCCUCUUACAAACCCCCUUGCCUCAUUCGUCGACCCAAUCGAACCAAACGUUGGCAGGCAGAGAGAGAGUAGGACCAAGGACUCUAAGAAGAUAGAGAGAAAGAGAGAGAGAGAGAAAGAGCUUGACCUUGAAAGAAACAGCAACACUACCGGCACUACCGAAAGGUUUGUUGAAUCCCUGCAGCAGCCGCCAUGUCAAGCCAUGAUAAAUAAUAGAGGACUGAGAGUUAAAAAUUUUCCGAGCGCUCAAUUCAAUAAUCUUCCUAUCAUACGACUGCAAUCUAUUUUUUUUUCUUCAAGCAAAGCUUUAGAUGUUAUCUUUAUUAGCAUGUACGUGAAAAGUAUCACCAGAAAACAGAUGGCAAGAAAAAUUUACAAUGAUUUAACUGUUUAAAAACAAACAAAAAAAAAACUGGAAAGUGUUAGUAGCAAAAGAGAACCUGAAUUAGUAGUAGAUUACAUAUACAUAUCUGAAUACUAUUAGCUCAGUAAGUGAACUAUUAUACUAGUUCUUUUUUCCUCAUCUGUAAAUAUAGUAUGUAGCUGACAGAAAGAAGAAUACUAAACGCAGGAGACACACAGUGAUAGUCGAAAAAGAUGGUGUAAUUUUAAAUUUAAAAGUUAAUUUCAAAAGAAAGUAGAAGAAGGGGGUAGGAGGGGAGGGGGGACAUACUCCCGUCUCUGGAGCAAGCUUUUCAAAACACACACACUUAUCACCAGGUAGAGUACGGUAUUUGACUAUACAGACUAGCCGAACCGUGAUGAACUAAUUUAAGGGGUGUUUGGUGCCAAAGCAUUUAUUGAUUCACCACUGAGUAGGUGGGUUUAAACGGUGUGUGGAGGUGUGAAAACGACGGCUACAGUUGGAGAACUUUACGCGUUUGUACAUCCGACGACGGCGUUGAACAAUGUUGAAACUAGGUUGACAAUGUUGAAACUAGGUUCGAACCUAGCUUCAAACAAACGGUUUGACAACAGUUAGGGUGGAAACUGGGUUCGGUUUGGCAUAAAGCGAAAACUUUAGACAUUAGAUUUUGACUGAUGGAGCUGUCAAAUUUUAUCUGCUGACUCGUGGGUCACUAUGAGUGAUGUUGCAAGGGUAGUUUCGUCAGUGGCGGGUGAAUAAGAUUGGUGUUGACAUAAGCCAGACAUAAUCAUUGAAAUAUGAGCGACAGUUUAAGACCGAUCGUUGGUAUACGAUUAGCAGGCGAGCUAUUUCGUUUGAUAUCUGGACCGAUUUUCACCUACUUUAAACCCAAAUGAGAUAUCUAAAAUGAUUUUAGACCGUUCAGAUUUAUAGAUCUUUUUAGUUGAUAUCCAAACGAUUCGACUUCGGGCUCAGAAAUAUCGGAAAAAGUAGCCAAAAACCUGCAAAAUAAAAUCGAGCCAAUUUUAUCAGAGAUACUUAGAUUCGAAUGAAAGGUCUUGUUAGUUCUAUACAAAACACCUCGAAUUUGACCCGAAUCUGAUAUCCGGUUCAAGAGUUACCGGGCGAUGAGUGUUUCAAAUUUUAAAUUGUCAUUCAAGCGUCGCCGUGUAAAAAAGGUGGGUGAGUAGUGUCACAGACAUAACUGAAGGACGUGAAUACGAAAAAAAAAUAUUAUCGUUCGCAUCAGUUGAUUGUGUAAAUUUCGCAACUUUCACUAAAGAUCGGCUUAUUGACGACAUAUACAUUUUUAAGGUCGAUUAUUCAAUUUCGGAUUCGCAUAUUUCAGUGAAAGAAACUAUCAAAAUGCUGUACCGGACUCAUUUCUGGCAUUAAGAAAGGUCAAAUUGCGAAAUUUUAUUCGAUAUUAAACACUGUUCGGAGUUAUUUUCUCGAAUGCGAAGCAAUCAAAUGCUGGCUUUAUUCGCACUCGUUCGGUGCGAAUUUUGCACCGCCAAAAGUUAAAGUUAUUCUAGAUUUGCACUAGAUUGGUGAUUUUUAAAGCAGAUUUGCAAAAAAAAAGCUAUCUCUAUAGUCCUUCAAGUAGCAUUUGGAACCAUUAGAAGGGCUGAUUUUGCAUAAUGUUCCCCAUCGUUGAAAACUUUUCGUUGUAUUUUACUCCAAUGCAAACGACAAGCAGCAGGAUGACGCAAUUGCAGUCUUCGUUGAAGAGAAACUGGCUCUGCAAACGUCACGCAGUUGAUUCAAUACGGAACUGAAUUAUUGAGACUGGAACUGAAACUGAGCUCUAAGCCUGAACCAACUGUUCUUUGGGAAUAGAAUAAUAGUUCUAAAAAGAAUCGAUUUAUAGAAUUCGGAACCUUGACCUGAUUCCAAGAACCAAACAGGCUCUAAACUCAGUUGUAAUUUAGUUCUAGAACUGAAUUCUCAAUUUGAAUCCCGGAACUGCGGAAUUUAGCUUAGUUCAAGAAUUCAAUUUCAUCAUCCAGGUUCUGAAUGCUGAAACUAAAUUCUAAAACAGAGUUUUGAAACCAAAUUCUAAACCUGAUUUGAUGUGCAGAAUACUGGUGGACCAGAUUGGAUUCGGAAUUCAGUUUUCGAAUUAACUUACGGAAAUCAAUCCAAAAUUCAGCUCCCAAAGUAUUCAGCAGGCACAACCUGAGCGUUUGAGGUUUUGUAGCACGCAACAACGGUCUGCUCUCAUUGCUGACGAUUGCUCCUCCCGACGUCCGAGGUCCAAGUGAGAGCACGACCUGAACGUUUUACGCUUUAUAUCUGAUUUGUUCUUACUGAUGUUGGUGGAAGAACCUCUCCUCGAGAUCCAGUUCCGUCUAAAGCACUAGCAAAACAUGAACGAUUUUUGAAUUUACCUUUUAUAUUUGGAACUGAUAUGUGCCUGACUACCUUAAAAACGUGACGAGUUUUCUCAUUAUUUCCAAAAGUUUUAGAAAAUUUUGUUUUUGAAUUAUUUAUGGUUAGAUCACACUGUUGAAAAUUUAAUCACAGAUUCCUGAUCAUAUUUCCGAUAGCUUACAGAAAAUAAAUUAUGUUGUUGGGUUAAGUACAACUAGAGAUUUUCACGAUUGAGUUCUACCCAUUCUUGUACGGGGUAAAUUUGGAAAAAGACGCCCCACAGCGAAGCAAGUCAUUUUUUUAUAUCAUUUAUUUAUACCCGGCUUUAACCUAGUUGCGAUCGUUCACCGGAAGCAAGUCAUCGUUCGAGUAAGCAUCACCGAAUGUAAAAAAUUACCCAAUUUGAACUGCUAUUAAUUCACCAAUUAAUAGAGCAUCGGAAUGAGGUUAGUCAAAAAAAAUUCUAUUCUCCAUAUACAGGCACCCUAUGCUCGUUAGAAAUGCCCAAAAUUACUCAAUUUUAAUUGCUAUUGACUCACCAAUUUGGCGCAAUUUGAUAAUUUGUAUAUAUUUUGACAUUUGCUGAUUUCAUGUUCCAUUUAAUAGUGAAUCAAAAGCAAUUAAAAUUUGAUAAUUUUGGACAUUUUCGAAGACAGAGGGUGGUGCUAUUUGGAAAUUUGUUGACUAAUAUCGAUUCAAUGUUCUAUUGAUUGGUGAAUCAAUAGCAGUGCCAAUAGAACAUUUCCAGCGAUCGUAGUGUGGUCCUAUUUGAAAAAUGUUAGUAUUUGAAUUGGCAGAUCCUAUGCUUUAUUGAUUGGUGAAUGAAUUAAAUUCGAAUGUGAUAAUUUUGGACAUUUUCAGUGGGCUUAAUAUACAAAUAUGGGAAUAUUUUACCUUUUGCUAAUUCAAUGUUUAAUUGAUAGCAAUUGGAAUAUUAGAAUUUUAAGCAUUUUGUUUGGUGGAAAGGCAGCUUUAUAAAAGAUAUUGUGAACUGUUUAGCCCAAUCGGAUGCUGUAUUGAUUAAUAUAUCAAUAGUAGUGCUGGUGAACCAUCGGACUUAAACAAGCAAAUCGUCGAAGUGCCUAUGAUUUUGACUAUAAUUUUAACGCGCUAUUGCUUUGCUCAGAAACUGAAAUAGAAUUUAGUUUUGAUGCUGUAGGUAGGCAUUUCAUCGAACCAUAAAUGAUAAAACUACGCAUCGAAUAGAGCUAAAUUGACCUUCGCCGAUUUGGAACAUAUUGCUCCGCCGAACAGCAAGCGAACUUUACCCUAAAUCGAAUGAACAGAUUUUGCAUAUUUUUGCUAGGAAAAUAUUUCUAAACGAAUAUGUACAAAGCAUUGGUGUUCGGUUCCCACUUUGCCACCACUGGCAUGGAAUUGGAAAUUACAAUUUUCUAUAUUAAACCAUCUAGCGCUCGCUGAGAAUAUCCAAAAUUAACAAACGUCGCUCGCUCGCUAGAAACGUCAAAAAUCAUUAAUUCUACCUACUACUGAUUCGCUCAUCUAUUGAACAUUAAAAUAGCAAAAAUAAAAAAAAAUUCAAAUUUUUAUAUUAAACCCCCCUACGAUCGCUGAAAAUGUUCAACAUCAUCUAUUGGUUCAUCAAUCAAUAGAGCAUCGAAUCGACAGUAGUCAAAAACUUUGCAAUUUUACAGGUAGAACCACCCUACGGUCCCUGAAAAUGUCAAAAAUUUAGCGAUUUGUAAUUUUUAUUAAUUCACUAUUAAGAGAAAACAUGGAAUCAGCAAAAGUCAAAAUAUUUACAAGUUUUCAUAUUGCGCCAUCCUACACUCACCGAAAAUGCCCAAAAUUAUUCAAUUCGAACUGCUAUUGAUCCAACAAUCAACAAACCAUCGAAUUGGUAUUGGUAAAAAAAAUUUACAUUUCUUUCAAAUAGAAACAUUCUACGGUGGCAGAGAAUGUCCAAAUUUUUUUUUCUAUUUAAUACAACAUCGAAUUAGUAAAAAAAAUUUACAUUUUCGAAUUGCGCAACUCUACGCUCUCUGAAAAUGUCUAAAAUUACCCAAGUCGAACUUCUAUUGAUUCAACAAUCAAUAGAACAUCAAAUUGACAAUGGUCAAAAUAUUUUUCAUAUACCCUUACGCUCUUUGAAAAUACACGAAAUUACUCAAUUUUAUUUACUAUUGACUCACCAGUUUAUUAAACAUCGAAUUUGCAAGAGUAAAAAAAAAAUCCCUUUUUCCAAGCAUCGUAUCGAACGUAGUUUACUCGACCCUUUGUCGAUGGUCCGCCAACCGAACGGUUCGAAACAGAUUGCUUCGUCGCCGAACACCGAGCACAGAACACCUUCGCAUUAACCGAGGGAAUAGUUUUGAGUAAAUUUGCAGAAGCAUCGGUGUUCGGUUCGCAAUUUACCACCACUGCUUGUUAGUCAAUCAGUGACCAUCUUGUUACCAUUCAAGGGUCAAGGGAAAAAUUUCGUCGAUUUCCACAAUUAUGAGAAAAGCACUGGGUAGAUUGAAAAUGGUCCUUAAAAAACCUACAACUUUUUUGCAGCAUUCUGAUGAUUUUAGAACAUCGAAUCAAUCAAGUAUCUCAUCUUUUGAUUCGAGCAAAUGUUCGAUUCCCUUCGCCAAAUUGAAGUGUAUUCCGACAAAAGCGAUCUGCUUUGAUCGGCGAAUGAGUAGAAAAAGGGUCGGAUGACGCCAAGCCCGAAGUCGCGCAACUUGUGACCGAGCUUUGUCGCGAUGGAAAAUUACGAACUCGUGUGUGAUAUAAUAUUCUGUGUAUUCUUCUUCCAACGACCGCUUCAAACAAAUCAAUGGUGAUGACUUCGAACCGGAAAAAUAUGAAAGCGCUUAUUUAUGGGUAUUCAGAAUUGACAAUGUCUAGCUGUCAGAAUUGGAAAUUAUGUCGUUGAUUAGUUAUGUGCUCCCGCAGGAAUCCCACAAGGAAGUCAUCUCGGACCACUGAAAAUGUUUGGCUGCUGAAAGGACAUACUGUGUUGGAUAAGUUUAUUCGAUAUUAUUCUAAAAGUAAACCUCAGAUUUAUUAUUCACUUAAACGCGUAACUCCAGUAACUGAAGCCGUCGGAAAUCAUCGCUCGCACAAUCGAAUCCCGUGAUCGUCCAAAUCCAAGGCACCGAACCUUCGCCUGCACACAAAGAGCAAGAGUAAUCCUAAAUAGAGACAGCUGACCCGAGCAGAAAAGAAAAUGCACACAUUUGUUUUUCUUAAAUGGGGAAAGCAUAUCAUUACGCUUUUUUUAUUAAACAAAAUCAUUUUUUUCUCUCGCUCCAUUGGGGGAACUCCGCAGAAGUUAUACGGUUCCAAGGUUCCCGGAAAAGAAAGCAGAAUAUGAAAAUACUGAUAUUUAGUGUAUAGAGAUGUAUUUAGAGCUGCGGCAGUGCUCGGUCAAGGAGAAAGAUAAAACUGCAACGAGUUUUAUUUAAUCAUGUAUAGGUAGAUGUAUUCACAGAGGAGAACUACUGCUUAGAUAAAUAAGCACAAUAAAACACAAAAGUCAACGUUCAUCAAACAAACAAAAAAAAACUAUGCAAGACGAAACGUAAAAUCAGAAAUGUAAGACUGUUCUACGACAAGAAUAUAUAUACACACAACUUAUACUUUUUAUUUUAUUGUUUUUUUUGUAUCUGGCCGAGGGUCAGUAAUAAACACAAACGCAGUAAAAAUAUACAAAUAGACAAACUAAAAGUUGAUAGGUAGAUUAUCGAAAAUGAAGUGAAUGAAGUAUAAUUGACCAGGGGGGCGGUGAUUCUACGCGCAUUAGGCAGUUAGGAGUUAAGUAGCAAGCCCCGACCUGGGCAGGAUUCUCAGUGUCUGUCAGUAGAAUCAGCCGGGCAAUUCGGGUUCCGUACGCUAAGAAUAGGCUGCGCAGUCGGCGCCUCGGAACGGAAGAGGAUAUUUUAGCGUCAGGACCCCUGGACCACCCCUCUUGGAAUGAUCAGUUCAGUAACAAAAUAUACCCAAAAAACAAAAACAAGCCUGUAUGGAGAAACAAAAAACCGGUGCUUGACAAUAAAGAGAGUAUGUAAAAGAAGAAAACAUCGCCAAACAUGGACAUAAUUAGAAUAGAAAUGCAAUAUUCCUAGCCAAGUAAAUGUUUUUUACUUACAAAAAAAAAGAAACGAAAACGAGUGGGACAAGUACGAAAGAGACACCAAUAAAUAUCAACAACAACAAAAAAAAAACGAUGAAGUUCCUUUUUUCACAGUAACAUGAAAACAGAGCAAAAGAUUUCAACGAGGUACAGGCCGUGAAACCGUGCACUCCUCUCUGUAAUGUAAACCAUAUGUUAAGUACACUGUUAUUUGUAAAACCGCUGAUAUCGUAUUUUAAUGUAAGCUGUGAAAACAUGAUCUAAACAUGGUAUAUUAAAGUGCCUCUGAAAGUGUGGAAGGUUAACGAAAUAUUGCUAAAACAGAAAUGAUAAUAAAUUACAUUUGUAACUGUAUUAACCACUGCAAGAUUAAUCAUUUGUUUAGAUAGGAAUGUACUUUUAAAAUUGAUGAAUUGAAAAUGAUUAUGAGAUCAUCUGAUCCAUUGUAAAUAUUCGCAUGAGCAUCGCAAGAAACCAUGAAAUGAAGUAAAAAAAAAUCCGUUCUUCCAAUCAGUUUAGCCCGGUAGGAAAAGGUCGUCGAGUUGAGACACUUGAAAGCGGGACCCUAAACAAUAGCCUUACAUAUAGAUCCUUAAUGAACGAAAAAAAAACAGACUGGUCAAAAUUCCUGGAUAAUAAACGUAGAAUACAGUAAUCGCUGCUGCACCUUCUUAUUCUGUAGUCACGCUGCACAGUGGGAAAAAGAGUGAAUGAAAAAGGUGAAAAAAAUAUUUCAAAAGUGCAAAAAUAUUCGUGGAAUCGUUGGAUAAUAUUUAGAGUGACUGCAUAAUUCCCUAUCAUGUUCGUUUUGUCCCAAUUUACUUCGACUGACUGACUGUAAAACUCUGAAAAAUUUUGAAUGCGUCCAACCGCAAGUUAUUCCUGGGAUGUGAAAAAUGCUUCCAAUCCAAUCUAUUUAACCUAAAAUCAUCUUCAUACAAUGAAUUUUUAGAAAAAAAAAGUUCUGCUGAUUAUGGUUAAUUUAUGUUUCAGUAGAAAAACCCUAAAAAGGCGGGCGGCUAAUGUCACAGACAUAACUGGAUGACGUGAGUACGAAUAAAAUGGAUAGUUCAGUUUAUGAUUCUGAAUUCUUCGACUGGAAUUCAGGAACCGAAGUUUUGAUCCGAAUGGUAGAAUUGAUUUCUGAAACUUAAUUUCGAUGCUUGGAAUUCGCGAAGCUGAACUCGGUAACUGAAUUCUGAAUAGUUAAACUCAUCACUGAACUUGUGUUGUGGAACUGAACUCGAGACCUGGAUUUUUUUCCGACUCUGAAUUCUGAACCUGAAUCCUAGCUCUGAACCUUCAAUCAGCAGCUGAGUUUUAGUUACAGAAUUCCAGUCCAGGAAUGCGUUUUUAAAUUCGGAUCAAGAAUUCAGCUCAGAAGAUUUAAAAUUUAGUUCAAAGAUCUUCCGAAUCAGUUCCUAAAUUUAGUUACACCUCUGGAAUUUGUGAAACUGUACUUCGAAAACAAAUUCUAGUAGAAUAAUAUUUUAACACCUCGAAUCUACUAAGGAUAUAGUAGUGUCCAAUUAAUGACCAAAUUCUAGACUUUGCAUUCUGGUCUAUUAAUGAAACACAACUUAAUUUUGGAUCUGAGCUCUGUUCUUGAAUUUCAGUCUGAAAAUCCAGACUUUUAGGUUCAGAAUUCUGGAACUAUUUUCUAAAUCAGAAUUCCGGCCAGAAAUUUCUGAACUAAAUUCUGAUCUGAACCUUCAUUUCAUCCAGGUCUCGAAUCGAUCCUGAUCUCAGAUCCAGAAUUCCUGUUCAAAAAUCCCGGCUUAGAAUUGAGUUCGGAAAUUCGAUUUGGGUUCCAGAAUUAUGAUACUUGAUACUGGCUUUGGAUUCUGGGUGAGCAACCGAAUUUUAAAUCUGGCUUCUGAAAAUGAAAAAAAAAAUAUCCUGUAUUGAGUUCUGAAACUGAAUUUCAACCCUAGAAUUUGAUUCUGACCGGAACUUAUCGAGACAACUCUCCAACGCUCCAACUGACAGGUUGUAUCGAGCUCCAAUACAAACGACCAGCAGCAGGAUGACGCAAUUGUUCUUGUUUGAAGCGAAGCCUACUGGUUAGAUAACAAAUAGUUUCAAUGAUCGAGUUAUUGCGUUUCAACCUAAUGUGUCCUGUAACCGUUGAAUUCGGAUCUGCAGUCAGGAAGCAGGCCAAAUACGACUAAAAGACUGUACCCCCCAAAACAAAAAGGCGGGUGGGUAAUGUCCGUGACAUAAUCGGAUGACGUGAAUACGAAUAAAACUGUGUUCUGCAAAUGAAUUUGGGAACUGAAUCCGGAUUGUGCAGCUGAAAUUCAGUUCGAUUCGGGAUUCAGGUCUCAAAUUUGGAUCCAGAAGUGAGCUCCGAAAUUCAGUUUUGGAAUUCAGAUCCGGAACUUAGUUAGAAAUCUUUCGAUUCUAGUUCCUGAAUCCAGUUACACUUCUAGAGUUGUGAAACUGAGUUUUGGAACCAAAUUAUAGACCUGCAUUCUGAAACUGAAAUCUGAACCUUUGGAUUCUGGAAUGCUUUUUAAGAACGGAAUUCUAGAAAUACAACUGAAUAUUGGAUCUGAACUUUGAUCCUAGAUUUUGGUCUGAAGUUCCAGAACAUAAAACUCAGGACUCAGUUUCAGAGUUCUGAAGCUGAUUUCAAAAUCUGAACUCCGGACCUGAACCUUAACUUCAGCUCUUGAAUUCAGUUUCAAAAAUCAACAACAGGCCCCUUUUGGAGAUAUUCUCCUUUACAUCACUUUUUGACUGUGAAUGAUGCCACAACCACAGAUCGCCUGCCACACCAAGUACUUCGUGGCAAACUUUAAUUUUGCACGAUAGAACACUUCAUUUUUUGUCGAGCCUAUUCUUAGAAGGAAGCCAUCUAGCCAUAAUUACUUAACAGAUUGUAACGAAAUUGUGCGCAUGGGUGCCACCAGAUUUCUCGAUAUUUCGUGGAUUUUCCAGACAUUUGGCAACAACAAAAAAAUUCCUUAUUUUUUCGAUUUUUUAUGCGAAUUUUGAAAGGUAUGCAGAUUUUUCUUAUGUGAGUUCUAUGAUUGGCGGCUUUCUAAUUUCGUUUUAGAAAUGUACGAGACGUUGGGAUUUAGUGUUGUUAUCUCGAAAAACAAAGUUUUUUAAGGGACCUGGGAUUUUGUUUUCCAGAAAAAAAAAUUUUUUAUCGGGAUCGUUAUUUUUCCUUCAUUUCAAAAACAUUUUUGAUUUCAAAAGUCUUAAAACUUUUCCCCAAUGUCGAUAUUUAAUUUUUUUCUGAGAUACCAUCAGAAUUCGAUGUUUGAUCAAUUUUCAAGACAUCUGGCAACAACAAAAAAAAAAAGGCGGGUGGGUAAUGUCAGAGACAUAACUGGAUGUCGUGAAUACGAAAACAACUGACAUGCUCCUUAACACUUCCGAAUAUCAAUUGUAUGAAUUAUGCACGCAUUCCCCUUUUUCACAUUUUUCGCAAAAACAAAGAAAGCUUCACUUGAUCUCGAUUACUGUGAAUUUCACACAGCGAAAAGUGCACAAAUCUAAGCAAACUAUUCUUGAUUUGCAGUAAACUGAGGAUAUUUCCCUACGAUUUGCAAACAACAAAUCCUAAUAGUUCUUUAGAAAACUUUUAGAGCCAUUAGAACGGCUGAUAUUGUGCAAUGCUCUCCACCGAUGUUUUUUUUCCCAAUGCUAAUGACUGGCAGCUGUGACGUAAUCGCUCUUGUCGAAAGCGUGCAGACGACACAAAACACAUCUGCUCGCAGUGGCGAUACAAUCCAAACUGAUUCAAGUUUUGUUGAGAGGCUUGUUUCUACCUGAUUUCGUUUGUAGCUUUUUCACUAAUGGGCGGUCCUAACGGCUAUAAAAAUAGCCGCAUACAGAAUUUUAAUGUCGAUUAUUUCAUUUCGGAUUUGCAUAUUUUAUUGAAAGAAACUAUCAAUAUGCUGUAGGGAUUCGUUUCCAGCAUUCAGAAGAGUCAAAUUGCGUAAUUCUCUACGACAUUAAACUCUGGAACAUUUUUCGCAAAAAAAGGCUUCACUUGAUCUCGAUUACUAUGAAUUUCACACAGCGAAAAGUGCACAAAUCUAAGCAAAAUGUUCUUGAUUUGCAGUAAACUGAGGAUAUUUCCCUACGAUUUGCAAACAACAAAUCCUAAUAGUUCUUUAGAAAACUUUUAGAGCCAUUAGAACGGCUGAUAUUGUGCAAUGCUCUCCACCGAUGUUUUUUUUCCCAAUGCUAAUGACUGGCAGCUGUGACGUAAUCGCUCUUGUCGAAAGCGUGCAGACGACACAAAACACAUCUGCUCGCAGUGGCGAUACAAUCCAAACUGAUUCAAGUUUUGUUGAGAGGCUUGUUUCUACCUGAUUUCGUUUGUAGCUUUUUCACUAAUGGGCGGUCCUAACGGCUAUAAAAUUAGCCGCAUACAGAAUUUUAUUGUCGAUUAUUUCAUUUCGGAUUUGCAUAAUUUAUUCAAAGAAACUAUCAAUAUGCUGUAGGGAUUCGGUUCUAGCAUUCACAAGGACCAAAUUGAGGAACUCAAUUUGGUCCGUCGCUGCUGGUUGAUGAUUCAACUCCCACGACGUCUGCUUCCAUCGAACGCACGAAAAGAAAUGAUCGAUUUUUGACAACGGUUCCCCUUUUAUACGCAUUCAGUUGAAGAUAUGUGCCUGACUACCUCAAAAUCGUCGUCCUUGCGCGAAAAACCCAAGCGAAAGUAAGGUGUUUUCCGCGUUGUUUUCAAAUUUUAAGAAAACUUAAUUUUUGAGUUGUUUGUGGUUAUCGCACACUGUUCAAAAUAUUAUCCUGAAUUCCUGAUCAUAUUUUUGAUGAAAUGGUGGAAGAAUUAUGUUGCUACCAUUAAUACAAGUCGAGAUAUUCACGAUUAAGUUCUGCCCAUUCUUCCAUAUGGCUAAUUUUGAAAAGGCGCCCCAUAGUAAAGUAAGUCGUAUUCACGACAAAAUCCAGAGUUUUGCGGUUUUUAGGCGUUUUUUGAAGUUAUAAAUUUGUUUUUAUGUGAAUUUUUUGCGAUGCGAUUUUCUUGCUUCGUCUUAAAAAUGUACUAAACAUUGAGAUCUAGUGUUAUCUCUAAAAAAAAUAAAUUAACUUUCUGGGGCUUAAAAAAAAUUCAAUUAAUUUUUUUCCGGAAUAACCCUCCAUUUUAUGCAUUUUUAAAACAUUUAGCUUACAUUUUUUCGAAAUGUCUUAGAAAUGCAUGAAACGUCCAGAUCUGGUGUGAUCUCAAAAAAAAAAUUUCGAAAAAACUCGACUUUGAAACUUUUUUGACUCUUUGACUCUUUGACUCUUGACUCUUGACUCUUGACUCUUGAGUCUUGACUCUUUGACUCUUUGACUCUUUGAAUCUUUGACUAUUUGACUCUUCGAUUCUUUGACUCUUUGACUCUUUGAUUCUUUGACUCUUUGACUCUUUGACUCUGACUUUUUGCCUCUUUGACUCUUUGACUCUUUGACUCUUUGACUCUUUGACUCUUUGACUCUUUGACUCUUUGACUCUUUGACUCUUUGACUCUUUGACUCUUUAACUCUUUGACUUUUUGCCUCUUUGACUCUUUGACUCUUUGAUUCUUUGACUCUUUGACUCUUUGAUUAUUUGGCUCUUUGAUUUUUUUUUGAAACCGAAUGUCUUAAAAAUGCAAGAAACGUCGAGAUCGGGAACAAUCUGAAUAAUUUUUUUUAAUCGAAAAUUUUCCAAGUGUCAGAGUUGACUUAAAAAAAAUCGGGAUAACACCAUAUCUCAAUGAUUCAUGCAUUUCUAAUACAGAACAAGAAAACCGCCUAACUUCGGAAAUUCGCGUAAAAUAAAACCGCAAAAUUGAAGAAAUAUUUUUGUUCAUGCCAAAUAUCUUAGAAAUGCAUAAAACGUCCAGAUCUGGUGUAAUUCUAAAAGUUGUUUUUUUUAAUCGAUUUUAAUUUAAGACUUUUAAAAUCGCCUUUAAUGUAAGAUUUAGAGAAUUUGAGGCCGCGUUACUUCGGAAAUCCGCGUACACAAAACCGCAAAACUGAAAAAAAAAACAUUUUUUUUGACGCCAAAUGUCUUGGAAAUGCAUGAAACGUCCAGAUCUGAUAUAAUUUCAGAAAAAAUCGACUCUUGGACUGGGAAAUUUUGAGAUUUCCGAAAUCGAACAUUUUUUUUGAUGCCAAAUGUCAAAUGUCAAAUGUUUUUUUUUGAAAAAAAUCGAAAAUUUUCUAUCAGGUGUACAACUUUGCUUCCGCCGUUUUCCGAUAGGUGGCUGUACCGGCUGAGGCUGGUCAAAAUGCACAGAUGAUAAUGCCUUUAAAGUGAGUGUGUACAGUGUCUAACGAAUUGUCAUCGCCGUUUCAGUGACAGUUGUUCUUGUUUUCGUAUUAUUCACGCUCGAAAAUGUCUGUUUAUGUGCCCAAUUCUCGCCAUUUGCGGGAAGUUUUACUUUUCUGUUACAAUUCGAAAAAAAAAUGCAACUGAAGCGCAUCGAAUGCUUUCAGAAGCUUACGGUGAUGCUGCUCUGAGUAAAAGAACGUGUCGGGAGUGGUUUCAACGUUUUAAAAAUGGUGAUUUCGAUGUCGAAGACAAACAUGAUGGUGGAAGAGAAAAAACCUUCAAAGAUGAAUAACAAUUUACUACGAGCUCUUAAAACCCGGGUGAAACCAUCACAGGAGAUCGCUACCAAACGCAACUGAUGCGCCUUAGUCGCGCGCUAAAAGAAAAGCGGCCACAAUAUCAAGAGCGACAUGACAAAGCCAUCCUCCAACACGACAAUGCUCAGCCUCACGUCGCAAAAGUGGUCAAAAAGUACCUGAAAACGCUGAAAUGGGAAGUCUUGCCCCAACCGCCGUAUUCCCCAGAUGUCGCCCCUUCUGACUUCCACCAAUUCCGUUCGAUGGCACACGGCCUGGCAGAUCAAUCCUUCGAAGAGUUGGAAAAAUGGAUUGCUUCAUGGAUAGCGUCAAAAGAGGACUCCUUUUUUCGAGCCGGGAUCCGAAAAUUGCCGGAAAGAUGGGAGAAAGUUGUCGCUAGCGACAGACAAUACUUUGAAUAAUACAUCUGUAAGCACUUUUUCGCAAUAAAACUUUUAAUUUUGGAAAAAAACGGCGGAAGCAAAGUUGUACACCUGAUUAGUGUCAGAGAGCUGACUUGAGAAAAAUUUCGGGAUAACUCUAGAUCUCGACGUUUCAUGCAUUUCUAAGACAAAACAAGAAAACCGGAUAGCUUUAAAAAUUUGCGUAAAAAAAACCGUGCUACUUCAGAAAUUCACGUAAAAAAUUUGCAUAAAAAAAAAACGCGUAAAAAGAAACCGCAUAAAAAACUUCGCAAAAAAAAAGACCUUAACGUAUUUCUCUUCUAGAGUGGUUAGUGGCAUGAACUGCAUCACCAAUCCCAUUAUAUUAACAUUACUUUAAUUAUUUUGCGAGGUGGCACUAGCAGUUAAAUACAAACGGCUAAUGCACUCGAUGGGUAGAAGACGAAAUCUGAUACAAAUGAUAAUUUUGUAUGGUUUUCUACGUCGCACAAAUCGAUUUUGGUUAACCGCGUUCAGCCUCUUUUCGGAAUCGUAUUUGCAUUGCUUCAGGAUUGUAGAUCAAAGUCUAACUAAAUAUUAUAACAAGAAAGAAAGUGAGCGUAAAACGGUACAUCAAGUAUCGCGUAGUCAGUGAAACUAUCUGCAGAGAUUUUUUUUUAUAUCGGAAACGCCUUUAUUCAGUCUUCCUUAGGUAUCUCGUUUUUGUUGUUAAAUAAUUACACUUAAAUACAACUCAGUACAAAAACGCGAGCAGAGGAUAAAAUGAACAUGAUAGCGUUCUCGUGCGGGUCUAAAAAGUAUUAGUAUCAAGUUUUUAGACCAUUUGACAUUAAACCAUGCAAUCAAAUUCCACGAAACGAAUGUAAUACCAAGAUCUGGACAUUAAAGAAUUCUGUAUCGUACUUCCAAACAAAAAAAAAAACAAGUGCCUUAAAUAACACUGAGUGUAGUACGAAACUUUUUAGCGGCAAUGUCAGUGAAUAAUUGUUAGUAAUUCGAUAGACAACAUGAACUCGAACGGAUACGUUCAAAGGUGCAGCGGAAGUCAGAGAAAAAAACUAGUAACUAUAGCCGAUUAAUGCACGAACAACUUUGUAUUGGAAAGUCUGAACCGUUGAAUAAUCAUAAUUAUGAAAAUAGGAUUUGCUAAUAUAACAGUAACAAAAUAAUUACAAUCUGUUGCAUUUAUCUGAGAAUAAAAAUGAGCGCACGUCAAGUUAUUUCGAAGUAAAUUAAAAUAAGUAGCUUCGCGGUACAGCUUUGGUUCAGAGUCCGCGAAAGUACCGUUUAUUGGUAUGAAAGUUAUUUGCAUUUGAUUUAGAAUUUCCAUUACAAGUACUAGACUAGCAUUUCAAUGCAACACAAACAAGCACACCACUACGUACAACAAAACAGUCAUUUAUACUCUCCCCAGUGUGACGGGCGAGUCAAAACAUGCAGCCUGUAAAUAGUAAUUUUCAGUAAUUGUACAGUCACACCUGCACUCAUACAUGUAUGCACUAGUGAAAACAAUCCUCCUGCCAAUGAUAAACGAUGAGUUAAUAAUUAUACAAAUCAAAUAGCAACAAAUUUUCAACAUCCGACAAAUCAACACAAAAGCACACACACACGCAUAGACACAUAAACGCAGAGAUGCAAUGCAAUAGAAUAAAGUGCCUCCUGUAGGAACACCAUGAAUCUUAGUUCUAGAGCAACAUAACGCGGUGCUACCGUGAUUCUGCACCUUUUUCGCAUGACCUAGAAGAGUAGGCCUUGGCGAGUACAAGAUGCAACACUUCUGAAUUGAAAAGCUUCUGAAAUUCUUCUGAUGGAAUGUUCAAAAAUUGUUUAAUAUUGUACUCAUCAAGAUCUGGCGUAACCCCGGCAAAGUGUUUUUAUCUUGUAGCACCGCAUAAUUAAACAUUCUUAAGUAACUUAGUAAAGCUGCUCAGCAGAAAUCCAGUCCGCGCUUCACUACGACUAAUAGAUCGAUCAAAAUGAACCGAGUGCCGUCAAAACUUCAGUGUAACAUUUUUAGCAUAGCAACAACAAAAAAAAAACAAGCAAAAUCGAUUUCAAAAUGAUUU